CUAAGGACCCAGUCUCUGGAUUGGUAUUAUAAUAAUGUCAAAAGCCGCUUUAAGUGUUUUGGAAGUGCCAAAGUCCUGAAGAACUUAUACAAGAAGCAUAGACUGGAGAGCGGAGUUUGUCCCGAUGUAAUAGAAGGAGGCAUUUUUGAAGGAAGCUUUGAAAAUGAAGGAAGCAUUUGUGGCAGUGACUCUACAUUCUACCGACAGACAGAAGGACACAGCAUGAUGGAUACCCUUGCUGUGGCCUUACGUGUUGCAGAGGAAGCAGUGGAAGAAGCUAUUUCUAAGGCAGAGACCUACAGUGACAGCCUGGACAAGCAGAACGAGGCUUGCUACUUGCAGGAACACAAGGAGGACCUCAUAGAAGAGCUGGCCACAACCAUUGUGCAGAAGAUUAUAAAGAAGCAGAAAAGCAAAAGUGAGCAGGCGGAGGCUGACUUUGAAUGGCCACCAUCCAGGAGCAGUGGCCUGGCGUCUGUUGCUGUCUCAGAUCAGAGUAUGCUGACUUUUCCGGGGAGCCGCAGAGGGUCCUACACGUUAUGGAGGUCCCAGUCUGCGUUCUCCCUGGCUAGUGAAGAGAUGCCCAGUAAAGGACUAGACCCUGCAUCAGCUGUGACCGAAGCUCCUUGGAGGCAGCAAAAAGGACAGUUCAGGAAACAGAAGGAACACAAGCUCUCCGCAUUGCCCAGCUGGAAAAGUGUGGACAGGCUAAAUGAAACAAAUCCGCCUUCUGUUUUCCAAAGCACUGAUGGAAACUGGGUAGCUUUGCAGAACGUCACUUUGCCUCGUCCUCGAAUGCUCGCCAAACCAAAGAGCCAAGUAUUCGAAGCUUUGGAGAAUGAAUCCAGCAUUGUGUCUGCCUAUGAUGAGAUGGGCUCAGACAGCGAGGAUGACUACGACUGGAAUGUGGCCUUGAACAAGCUGCGUCGGAGACCUCGGCAACUACCAGACGAUUUCUAUUAUACCAAUUCCCAGUAUGGCACUGAAUGGGUUUAUGGCAAUGAUCAGUACCAGGCAGUGACCUCCCCUUCCUCUGGGUUAUACACCAAUACUGAGACACUGUUCUCGGAUUCUGAAACAUCUUCGGUAAACUCUUCCCAGGAAGCUAAAGGACCUAGCAAACUUCUCUGGUUACAAAGCAGAACUCAAAGUGAUAUGCCCAGAAUGGAAAAAAAACACUUCCAUGGAGAACUGGAUGUAAAUUUCAAUCCACAGGCAACCAGUUUGGAGUAUUCAGACAGCAGUGAGACUGAAGAAGUCCAUUAUGAUUUAGAAAAGAGAUCAAGAAGGUGGAGGAAGAACAAAGCGACCUCUGAAGAAUUAUGCGAAGGAAAAAGUCUUACAAAAGCCAACAAGAUGAAUUUAAGUCAGCAACAACUUUCAGGAGAUUUGUCAGAAACGGAUAUAAGCAGUGAGGAUCACCAUCAUAAUAUCAAGCCUGACCUUAUGGAGGAGGAGCUUAAAUCCAGGUUAUUUCAGCUUGCUGCUAAAAUGAGUGACAAGGAAACAUCAUCUGGUGAAGACGAGGAGUCAGAACCUAGAACAGACCCUGAAAACCAGAAGGAGAGUUUGUCCUCGGAGGAGAACAGCGGAAGCAUUCAGGAAGAAUUAAAAAAGAAGUACUCUGCUGUCUCUCUCUGCAACAUAUCUACAGAAGUCCUGAAAGUCAUCAACGCCACUGAAGAACUGAUAGCAGAAUCCACCGGUCCCUGCGAUUUCCCAGCUGACAUUCAGGACAGGGGAAGAGGGACCUUCCCACUGGGGACGGACCCAGUCAGACUCGAUGAGCAGCUCACCACACUGGAGGAAAACGUGUACCUGACAGCCAGCACGGUGUACGGGCUGGAGGGGCAGCUGACCAACCUGGAAGACGCCGCGCGCAAGAUCAACAGUGUCACUGCCGAGUCUGAGCUGGCCGAGCUGGAGGAUCAGGUGGCCACGGCAGCCGCCCAGGUUCAUCACGCAGAGCUUCAGAUUUCAGAUAUUGAGAGCAGAAUAUCAGCUCUCACUGUUGCAGGCUUGAACGUGGCUCCAUGUGUUCGCCUGACAAGGAAACGGGAUCAAAAGCAAACAAACCAGAUGCACACCAUAGACACGUCAAGACAGCAGAGGAGAAAACUUCCAGCUCCACCCACAAAAGGUGAAAAAAUAGAUGGUUCUCCAGUUACCACCGUCAGAACGUUUAACAGAAACUUCAUGCUCCAAGGAUCUCUAACGCAAAGAACUAAAGAGAGGAAAAGCACUGCCAAGGACUUAAUGGAACCUGCUCUAGGAUCUGCUGUGAUGUACUGA